UGACGUUUUGUGAUCAGUAAGGCCCAAUUUUUACUUCUGCUGGGACAGAGUUUGCAUAAUGAAAGUGAAGGGUGAUGGGUGGUGUCAUGCAGAUUUUAUCAUGCCUGUUUUAGUCUCACUAUUGCCUGGUAAGUAGCAGGAUUUCUUCUGUCUGUCUUGUGGCACAAAUCAUAAUCCCUUGCCCAGGCAUGUCCAUGCAAAAUGCAGAAAUAUCAGUAUCAUUCUGCCUAGGCAGGCUUAUUUAGCUUGAGUGUUGCAUCUUUUUCAUGUUCUUCCAGGCUUCAGACAAAAUUAUGACCAUGCUACUUGAACUCAGCAUUGUUAGAAGACAUGGCUACACCUUGAUAUAAUUUCUGUUUUUUCUUAUGUUAAACUGAGCACUCAGACAGAUAUUAAUGCUUCCAACUUCACAAAAUGUAUUACCUUUGAAAGUAUUACCUGCAUUUGACAACCAAGGAAACAGGCACAGCAAGAUCUAACAACCUGCUUAAGGUCACAUAGAAACUGUGGGAAUGAAAACCUGAAUCUUUCAUACAGACCCCAACACAAGGCAGUCUCUCCCUCUCUUGUGGCUGUUCUAAGAUUUUUUUAAGACAUGUGUCCAGUGCCAUGUCAGUCCGGACAUACGGCAGUAGAAUGAUUUUGCUUCUGAUGCCUACAAGGCUCUGACGGCUUCUUCUCCCCACCCUGCUGCAGUGAUUCAGAUCCUCCUGAGAUCAUGUACCAAAAUGGAGUAAAUCACAGGACUAGUGACUGCUUCUUUGUACUGGAUAAUUUCAAGUUACUGGUAUGGACUCCUUCAUGCAGCUCUUUUUUUCCUCAGCUGCACACAGGGUAGAUAAUUUAAAAUAUAGUACAUCAACUAUCUCAAGUUCCCAUUUUCCUCCUGAGAUAGGUCUUUUUUGAUCUUCUGCAUGUUGUACAAUAUCCCUGCUCAGAAUUUAGUGUCCAUGAAGAAACCAGAAAAAUGUAUGAAUAUUUCUCUGCCUCCAGCCAGAUCCCAUGUCCUCCAUGCACUGCAUGAUUACUUCAUGUUUAUCACAAAACUUCUAAGGGGAAAUAUGCUUUUUCAGUUUUGGGUUUAAUAAGAUGUUCUUGCCUAUGAAUAUAUCUUUGCAAGGAUGGAUGUGCACUAUUUAGGCAAAAAUGCUUGGCAUUGCAGGAACUAUUAAUAUUUAUAAAUGCUAAAAUGUUGAUGACCCUAAAAUUCUUCUAUCUUUGAAAAAUCUUCAUGUCUGAAUAUUUUCCCUUUGUCUUCUCUCAUUUGUUCACAUCUGCAUGCUUCUUUUGUGUAGUUGAUUUUUUUUUUUCUUUUUUUUUUUCUUUUUUUUCUUUCUUUAUUCAGUCUUCUGUCUCUUGGGGCAUCUGUCCAGGUAAUAUUUUCAGUCAAACCACUGUAAUGAAUGUUGUAUUUUAACUUGGUAAUUACCUGUGUAAGCCAUUCCUAGAAUAUUUUAAUUAAUUUCUUUAACAAUCGGCCUUCUACCAAUUUGCAGAUCUCAUCACCAUCACUACCACUCCAGAUAAAAAAAGAAAAAGAAAAAAACAACCCAAAACCCAGAGAAGAUCUAACAAUUGGAAGAGAUGCAGGCUAAAGACAGCAAUCCACCAGAUGGUGGCUAUGGAUGGGUUGUGGUAGUGUCAGCCUUCAUGGUGAUGGGCCUCACUGUUGCUGUCCUCAAGACUUUUGGUCUGUUCUUUGUUGAAAUCCAGCAGCACUUUGAUGAACUUGCAAGCACCACUUCCUGGAUCACAUCAGUAACUAUUGCCAUCUUUCAUUUAGGAGCCCCUGUUGCCAGUUCAUUGUGUGUACAAUAUAACCAUCGGACGGUUGUGAUCACUGGAGGACUUCUGGCUUUUUCAGGAAUGGCAUUGGGAUUUUUUGGACUCAACAUGGUCUGGAUGUAUGCAACGACCGGCUUCCUACAGGGUCUUGGCAUUUCUUUUUCGUGGACACCAGCCAUUAGCAUUGUUAGCCACUAUUUCUCGAAGAAAAGGGCUUUGGCCAAUGCCAUUGCCAGUGCUGGAGAAUGUGCCUUUGCAUUCAUGUUUGGGCCAUUUUUCCAGUGGUUGAUUAGUCAGUAUGGAUGGGAAGGUUCCCUCUUGAUCAUAGGUGCCAUCCAACUCAAUAUUUGUGUCUGUGGAGUACUGAUGCGACCCCUGGCAAGCAGCUGCCUCCUUGAGGCCAGCCACUGUGAAACUGAAACACCACCUGGAAAUGGUGCAUCCAGGAGAGACAAAGAAGAUAAGUCGCCCAUCAUGCACAAAACCUUCAACUGGAUGCUUGUGAGGCGAACAGAAUUUGUACUUUAUGCAAUUUUUGGUAUAUUAGCUGCUAUGAGCUUUUUUGUUCCUCCAUUAUUUUUAGUUCCACUUAGCUACAGCCUGGGAAUAGAUGAAUCAUGGACUGCAUCCCUCCUAUCCAUUCUGGCUAUGGUGGACUUUGGAGGCAGAUUGCUGUGUGGCUGGUAUGCCAACCUCCACCUUACCAAAACCAUUCAUUUGCUGGCAAUGACAAUUACAUUGAUCAGUACUUCCCUGAUGCUGUUGCCACUGGCUAACAAUUACCUUUCCUUGGCAAUAUUCACUGGCUUCUACGGAUUCUUCUUUGGUACAACAGUCGCCAUUCACAUUACAGUGCUGGCAGAUGUUGUAGGCAUGCCAGAAUUUGACAGUGCUCUGGGGCUUUUCAUGCUCAUUCGAAGCACUGGAGGUUUUGUAGGGCCUCCACUUGCAGGUCUGAUUGUGGACAUGGCUGGAGAUUACAGAGCAGGCUUCUACAUGGCAGGAGCCACUCUUGUCCUAUCAGCUGGAUUUUUGAUUAUUUUAGAUCGACUCCAACAGAGAAAAAAAAGAGGAAGCAAGAUCAGAACUAAACCAGAAAAGUCAACAUUACCCUACCCUUCCCUCCAUAUCCUGAAACAUCAGACCAGAAGGUAUUGA